AUGGACAGCGGGAACCUAACCAGGACAUCUGGGUUCAUCCUCCUGGGUAUCUCAACCAAGGCGCAACAUCAGAGCCUCCUCUUCGCCCUCUUCCUCUCCAUGUACUUGUUGACCUUGCUGGGCAACCUGAUGAUCAUCCUGCUGAUCCGAUCGGAUGCCCGCCUCCUCUGCACACCCAUGUAUUUCUUUCUCAGCCACCUUUUUUUGGCAGAUCUUGGAUUCGCCUCCACCACUGUAAUCAAGGCGCUGGAUAACUUGUUGUCCCACACCAAGACUAUUACCUACUGGGGCUGCCUCACCCAGGUGUACUUCUUCCUGGUGUUUGGCGCCACUGACAGCUUCCUCCUUGCCUCCAUGGCCUGCGACCACUAUGUGGCCAUCUGCCGCCCACUGCACUAUUCUGUCCUGAUGAGCCACAAGAACUGCCUCCUGCUGGUCACAGGCUCUUGGCUCUUGUCUCAUCUCCACUCUUUGGCUCACACACUGCCAAUGGCCCGACUCUCCUUCUGUGCCUCCAGAGAGAUCCCACACUUCUUUUGCGAUAUCCAUCCUGUGCUGCGUCUCUCUUGCACCUCAACCCAACCCAAUGAGCUCUUGGCCUUCACUGAGGGCUCCUUGGUCAUCAUGGGACCUUUCCUCUUCAUUGUGGUUUCCUAUAUCCUCAUUCUGGUCACUGUCUUGAAAAUGCCUUCAGCUGCGGGCAAGCGCAAGGCCUUCUCAACUUGUGGAUCUCACCUAGGGGUAGUGUCACUGUUCUAUGGCGCGGUGAUUGCUGUCUACAUCCAGCCCUCCUCAAACUAUCGUGUCACGAAGGACCGGGUGGUGGCAGUCCUGUACACCAUGGUCACCCCAAUGCUUAACCCAUUCAUCUACAGUCUGAGGAAUGAGGAUGUGAUGGGUGCAAUGAAGCGGGGUAUAGAAAGGCUAAGGUAUAGAAUGGCUAAGGAAAGGCUGCCUUACAAUGGUUCUCCUUUCUCCAUG